GCGGGGCAGAUAGGCGCCGUCGGCAUGUCAUGACCGGGCUCACAAUGACUCCACCGUCGAUCCAUGAGCCAAGCAUUGCCCGCGGACAAGGAACCUCUUAUCUAUUGACGAUUCGCGAUGACCGGGACUGACCAGCAGCUUGAUCAGUGCGUCCAUCAUGGCUGAAAAAAGCAAAGGCGUGUCGUUGUCAUGGCUCGCCGCCAUUCCAAUUGUUCUGGGUGCCAUCUUUGCAGGCUAUCCCAACUUGCAGGGCUCCAAGUCUAAUGUCUUGCCCUCUGUUACGAUCCGUCAGGGAACCAUUGUUGGUCGCAUGAUCGAUGAUGACUUUCCACAGCCUCUCGAGGGCUUCAUGGGCAUCCCAUAUGCCAUUCCUCCUGUUGGCGAGCGCCGUUUUCUUCCCGCCGAGCCUGUUCCUUCAAGCAAUGACACCAUUCGAGCCUUUUACCUAGGCCCCAGAUGCCCUGGAGUUCAGCUCGUCCCGUUCCUCGAAGACCCCAUUCUCGGCCCCGACUACGAAUCUGAGGAUUGCCUCACCAUCAACAUAUGGCGCCGCCCCGGCCAAUCUCCUGCCAAGGGCAAGCUCCCGGUCGCUGUUCUCAUCCCCGGUGGCGCCUUUAAUCGUGGCGCCGCGCGCAUGCACAACACACACUCGAUGCUUGCCUUCUCCGAGGAACCCUUUAUCGCCGUCAGCAUGCAAUACCGAAUUGGCGUCUUUGGGGGCCUAAAUACCCAAUUGACGGCCAAGGAGGACCUUCUGAACCUCGGUCUCAAGGACAUGUAUGUUGCGCUGGAAUGGGUCCAGGAGAACAUUGAGGCGUUUGGCGGCAACCCAGACGAUGUGACCAUCAUGGGAUUGAGCGCUGCAGCCCACGGUAUUGGCCAUCUCAUCAUGGACAUAAACCAACCGAAGCGACUCUUCCACAAAGCCAUCAUGGACUCUGGCGCCCACACUGCGCGCGCGGUGCAUCCCCCCUCGGCCGAUCUUAAUACCCAGCAUUUCCGCGAACUGCUGGACCUUACACCCUGCGCCCACUUCAAGAACCUGCUGGAUCCCAAGGUCCUCGCCUGUCUUCGUGGCUUGCCGUCCGAGACUGUCGACAAGGCGGGCAAGGCAGUGUUUGCUCGAUCCGAGCCUUCUAACCGCUGGGCUUGGCAGCCUGUCAUGGACAGCAAUAUUAUUUCCCGGAGACCACUGGACGCUUGGAAGUCGGGCAAAUUCAACCGGCUCCCGAUUUUGACCGGCUCAGCUCACAAUGAAGGCGCCUACUAUGCUCCAAAGGCUGCGGACAAGCCCGAGGACUUUGGCAAGUUCUUCCGCACGCUACUCCCGCAUCUCACCGAUGUCGAGUUUGCCCAGCUAGAAGCUUUGUAUCCCGACCCUGCUUCCGAUCCCAAUUCUCCGUACGUCGAGUCGAGAGGAAUCGAGGGUGUCGGCUCCCAAUAUCGCCGUCUUGAGGCUGCCUAUGGCCACUACGCAUACACGUGCCCUGUACGACAGACUGCCAUCUGGGCCACGUCUCACUCUGAAGAAGACCAGCCCGUGUUCCUGUACCACUGGGCGCUGAACAAGACGGUGCUCCUCGGCGCCAACCACGGCGACCAGAUGCGGUACCAGACAUACAACAAGGAAGUCCGCGAGAUCUCGCAAGCGCAAGAUGAGGUGGCUGGCAACUUGCACGCCUACUGCACCAGCUUCAUCACCAAGGGAGACCCCAACGUCAUCAAAGGCAAGUUUUCCAACCGGCCGGAGUGGAAGGGCUGGAAGGGCGGAAAGGGAUUGACGAUGAUACUGGGAGAUGGUAAUGACGAGAGGGCUGGUGGCACCGGUGUUGGCAUUGCGUCGCAAUUACAAGACUACAAAUGGGGAGAUGAACAGUGUGAGUUUUGGUGGAGGGUUUCAUCAAAGUGGGAGGAUUAAACGAAUUAUGAAUUAUGGUUUGCUGAGGCUAAGGCUGAAAAUGUUACUUUAUUUAAUAGCAUAAUCAAAACUAAGAUCUUGUGAAGAUGGAACUAAGAUUAGUGUCUUCAGGGUUUA